AGAACUUUGGCGGAAGUGACGACAGAACCGCUGAAAGUUUAAAUUUGUCAACGGAAAAGUGGCGGUAGAGAAGGAGCCAUGAUGGAGAAUACGUUUCCAAUCUACAAGGUGGAUGCCAUUGUGCAGUAUUUUCGAGCUGAAGUCUUGACGGGUCAAGAGGCGAAACAUUUUGCAAAAAGUGACAUCACUCCAAAUCCAAAGGCGGAUGUCCUCCAGAGACUCUAUGUGAGAAUAUUGCAGCUUGUGUAUCGCUUCAGGCCUGAGUGCCAUAACCUGGCACCUCUCUCAGAAAAUCUCCAAUACCCAAUGUUACAUGAGUGGGCCACACCAAUCUUGAGUCUCUAUGCAUGCAUGUGCCAGUUUUUACCAGUCUGCCAUGUGUAUGACUUUUCACUGAAUGACCUGCUUAAUCCUAAGCCUAAAAGAACAAUCCUUAUUUUGAGUGGAAUUCAAAAUUUCCUGCACUUUCGGAAACGGAGGUUGGAAAUAAUUGCAGACCACCAGCAGGCUUUUCGGGCAGAUAUGGAUAAACUUCAGUCAUGCACAAAAGGCAUUAAGGAAGCUGAAAAGAAGAUAGAAAAACUCAUGACAGUCCCACCAGAACAGCAAGCAGAGGCUAAAGAACUGGCUGCAGCACUUGCAGAAGUGAAAAAUGCUACCAUGCAAGAAACCCAGGAAGUGAAUGGCCUUAAUGAACAGGUUGCAGAGUGCAAAAGAGAAAUCGCAGCACGGUCACAGAAACUGAGCCAGAGGAAGCUAGAAGUGGCCACUCACAAAGAUGAAAUAGCCAAACUUAAGUCUCAGAUUGUUGAGUCUCCUGAGGAGCUCAAGAAUGAGAUGGAGAAAAUGAAGGAGAGCAUAAAGAGCAUCAAGAUCUCAAAAGAGCAGGCAGAUGAGUUGCUGGUGGAGAUGCAGAUUCAGGUGCAGUGCGCUAGCCAAGGUGAAGCAGAGAUUCAAAUAAUACUGAAACAGCUGCAUGACCUGCAGGCCAGCAUGUGCAAAACUAACCAACAGAAGGAAGAGGUCCAGAGUUUGGUGGCUCUCUACGAAUCUCUGCAGAAGGAACUAAAGGGCCUGAGCAAUGAAGAAGGCCAGCUAAAGAGGGCUCUAGCCAUGAAACAAGACAAACAGUCCAAGCAACAGAUUCGCCAUCAGAAAAAGAAGGAGCUCAAGGAUCAGCAUGUCCAAAAUAUACUUGGGCAAUAUGACAAAGUUCAUGAAAAACGUGAGGAAAUCGUGGAUCGAAUAAAAAACAUCACCCGAGAGACCACACAGUUCAAGGCAAAAAUGCAGAAGCUUCAACAUACUUGCAACCAGAAUACUGAAAAAGCUCAGGUCUUGUAUGACCGGCUGCUCACCACACUGGAGCAGUACCACAAACGCCUUGAAAAUCUAGUGAUGGAGGGCAGUGCUGACAUAAUGAAGAUGAAAACCAAUUUCUAAACGACUUUAGGCAAAUGUUUGUUUGUACCCUCCUCUUUACUUUCUUUGCACCGGUGUAAUCCUUUUUUCUCUGCACCUUUUGUGAAUAUCUUUUAUCAGUUUUCCUCUUUUUGCCAGGAAUUAAAUGUAAAAAUUAAUAAAAUAAAUCUUUUUGUACAUAA